AUGCAGUAUUUCGAGGAUAUUAUGGAGUUGAUUGAAGACAUACCUGAGGAGAUUUGCAAGAGAUUUGAGCUCAUGCGAAAGUGGGAUAGCGAUGUGGAGAGGCUUCAGUUGGAGUGUAGAUAUGCAGUGAAACGAAUAUUGGAGCUUACGGAAACUUCUGAAACCAUGAGAGAAAAGAUAUUGAUGGAACUGGCAGAUGUUAACGAUUCGUCAUACCUGUGCAAGAUCGAACUAGAGGUUGAUAAUCCAGGUUGUACUGAUGCGAUCGAAAGAAACUUCUGUCGCAUGUUAGGACUAAGGCCCACUUCAUCACAUUUGGCCAAAUGUAAUGUGGAGUUUGAGCCAUUAGAUGAUGUAGAAUCAACGUCAUCCUUUCAAGAAGAGGACAUUUUUGGAGGAUGUUCUCCUUCAGAUUCUAGAGAUGGUGCAUUUCCAAACAUGUCCAAUGGUACAGCUGAUAUGGAAAGCCUUGAGAGUUUUUCUCAGAGGUCGGUGUCAUAUGGCAACCCUCCAAGUUCUCUUGCUUCUGCUCCAAAAUUCAAAGUAUGUUUGGCACCUGAUGUCGUAUGUCAAGUAUCUUUUCGUACUAAAGUGGUUGAGAGUGGUUUUUUGUUUUGA